AACAUGUUAUUGAACAAAAAUGGCUUGUUGACAUUAGUUACAAAUUUAUGGUUCAAAGAUGUUGGGAUAUUUUAGAAUAACAAAAUGACAGAGGACAUUUAUUUAAAACAAGAAAAGGAUUCCUUAUCUUUGGAUGACUACCAAGUUCUCAACCUUCUUGGAAAAGGAGGAUUCGCCUGUGUCUACAGGGCACGAUCCAUUAGAACUGGAAUGGAAGUAGCAAUUAAAAUGAUUGACAAAAAGCAGAUGAAAGCAGCAGACUUCAUCAAUCGAGUUAAAAAAGAGGUUGAGAUUCAUUCCAGACUCAAGCAUCCAUCUGUAUUAGAGCUGUAUAACUUUUUUGAAGACGCUAACUAUGUAUACCUAGUGCUUGAAAUGUGUCAUAACGGUGAGCUCCAGCGCUACCUUCAUUCUAACGGGACAGCUUUUUCUGAGGAGGAAGCAAGAAAGUUUAUGCGACAGAUAGUUGAAGGAAUAAUGUACCUUCACUCCCAUGGAAUAGUUCAUAGAGAUCUGUCCCUAUCUAAUAUUUUACUGACUAAAGAUAUGAAUUUGAAAAUUGCAGACUUUGGAUUGGCAACCCAACUACAGAGCCCUGGGGAGAGACACUUCACCAUGUGCGGGACACCAAAUUAUAUUUCACCGGAAAUUGCCAUGCGCCAGUCCCAUGGCUUGGAGGCAGAUGUUUGGUCUCUAGGCUGCAUGCUGUACACGUUUCUAGUUGGCAGAGCGCCAUUUGACUCUGAAGCUGUUAAGAGCACCCUCAAGCUUGUUGUUCAGAUAGACUACAGUUUCCCUGACGGCAUUAGCCCUGCUGCUAAAGAUCUCAUACAAGCUCUCCUGCGGAAAAAUCCAAAAGAUCGGAUACAGCUUAGAGAGAUUCUAGCUCAUCCUUUUAUGACCUGUAAAAAUACAACACAGAAAUUCUCACAGAUACCUGAUAUGUCAAUGGACAGUGGGCGCGGCACUAUUGCAUCAACAAAAUACAGCACUUCAAAUAACACAUACAAUAGCAGUCGAAACCAGCCUCAACCCUUUUCUCACAAACCACAUCAGCCAAACUCUUCUCAAAUCCUUGAAAACAUAUAUUCAAUUACAACUGAAAGAAGCUGUGGUGGCCAACCUCCCCCUCCACUUCUUCCCAUCGCUCCAGCUCGGCCCCAUCGACCACAUCACAGCCAAGACUCUGUUCUGUCGGGGCAGAGUGAGUCAGACUUCAGCCUUAAUGCCACCAAAAAAGUUCUCACCUUUGACUGUGAAUCUCAAGGCAGCAGCUUGCAUGAAUACAGACCUUACCAUCAGCAAAACACUCAGACUCAGGAGUUCACCUCAAAGGUCCAAAACUACCUCAGCCAAAUGUGCGUCACUGACACUGGGAAAAGUGAGCAAGCUCAGAACUCUUCACCACCUGUAUAUAUCCAUGAAGGACAGCCUGUUCAAUUUUCCAGUCCUGCUGUGGAAGAGAAAAGCAUCAGGAUCACAGAGAAAGAGGUCCAGCAGUGUGUAGAGAGAGUGAACCAAGAUGAAACAAGGCUACCUCUGUCUCCAAUCAUUACAGACAGACUGUGUGCCUUUCGCCAGCAGUCUAAAAAUAUUGUGUCACACAUCAUGGCUAAUGGAGAUGUUUGCUUAGAACGUAUUAAGAAGAAAGGACAGGAGACUCUAGUCAUGGAAGUAUUAUACAUUUCAGAUAAAGGGCAACAGGUUAAAGUAUAUAAACCUGGCGGAACUAAAGGUAUGCCUGUCUCAGACAAUCCUGCCCCUCCCCCUGAUAGAUGUAAAACAUACACACUGUCUAAUCUUCCAGAGAGAUACAUAGAAAAGUAUCAAUAUGCACAAAGAUUUGUGAAACUUGUUAGAGCUAAAACUAACAAGGUCACACUGUAUACAGACCUAGCAAAGUGCACUCUAAUGGAAACUAAUGUGGAUUUCACGGUGGAGUUUUAUGAUGGAACAAAGUUUACCUCUGGUUCUAGAGGUGUCAAGAUUAUAGAGAGAAAUGGAACUUUCCUUAGCCUUGACUCUGCUGAAAUCAACCCCAGGUUAAGUCCUGAGACUAAUCAUGUACUAGAGUUUGCCAAACAGUGUCAUAAGCAGUGUGUUCUGAUUGAUCAAGCAAUAACAGCUCUCCAGUCGUCUAACUUAGGCUUUAACUUGUUCCCUAUAAUUGUUGGCAGGCGUCCUGCUGGGAAAAAAAAUAGAAGUCAUCCCAGUGAUCCCUCAAGUGAUGUUAGCUCACCCACUGGUAGUAACACUAACAUAUCACUGAUCAAACCUGAGAUGACCUUUGACGGGACGAUCCUCAACUCAACUGUCAAUCAAACAUGCGACAGCACCUCUAGACCUCGGGUCAAGCCCCCAUCAUCAGUGGCCUCCUCAUCUGGGAGUAGUGGAGCCAGCAUGUCCGCGUCCAGCGCCACCAAACAGCUGUAUCAGCUGUUUGUGCCGGACAUCGGCUGGGCCUCAAAGACUGUCAGUGGGGAAAUUUGGGUCAGGUUUCUAGAUGGUACACAGAUGGGGAUCAAAGCUUCGGCGAAAAAUGUCGUUUAUGUGGACACCACAGGAAAGAGUUUCAAUUACAGCCAGUCUGAAUAUUUGCCUGAUCAUGUGAAAGCUAAGCUCAGCAAGAUGCCAUUGGUGCUACAGGCCAUCACAAGGCAUGAUGAGAAAGGUCUUGGUUCCCCGGUCCCUUGACACUCCACACAAACAUGCUUUGGUCACUGUUACUGUUUUUUUAAUGCAUUUAUAGAAACAUUUCUUGUUGAGCUUCUCAAGUCUUGAUUGUGAUAUUAAUUAACUUUUGUAAAUGAAAAGUAUUUAUUUUUUUUAAUGUCAGUUAUUUAAAAUAAAACACUACAAUUCAUCAGUUUUUAUCCAGUUUUAUUUAACUUUUUACAAGUACUGAAUUAAAUAUUUUAAAUUUUUAUAAGCUAAUAAACCAUGACCCAUACACCAAAUCUGAAUGAUUUAUAAAUCCCAUUUUAAAAUAAAAAGUUGAUAUGAAAACCUUUUAACCAUAGAGUGAAAAGGUAAGUUUAUUUUAAUUGUUACUCUAAUUACAGCUCUGUUCCUACAAAUUCUGUUGAUCUGUUAAAGCCUAUCACUGCCUAUCUCACAAGUGAUGCAGUGACAUCACGUACUUGCGUUACACUAUUGUGAAUUUUGUAUAUAAUUGUAUAUUGGACAUGGUGCCUUCCCAUUGUUUGUUAGCCCACAAUGGCAGCUCUUGUACAGUUUGUAGCUAGAACUCUUGUGUUCAAGUUAUUUUUUUAAUCUAAUAAAAUAGCUUUUGUUUCAUUAAAUUUUUUUGUACAAAAUUCUUCAAACACCCAUUGAUACCAAUACCAUCAUUUUCUUGAAAAAGGGAAGAUUGUUUAAACUUUGGUUCCUGUAAGAUUUUACACAAUUGAAAAGCAGUUUUGUAAAACUUGUUAGGUAAAUUUUUAAAAUGUUGAAAUAUGAGGAUUUAAAAAAAUUAUGUAUGAAUUACAACUUCCAGUUGUUUUUUUAAGCUAGCAAAAUUGUUACUUCAACCUCAUGUAUAACUCCAUUUUGCACACCCUCGUUUAUUCCAAAAAAUCUUCGACUACUUUUCAGUAUCAACUCAUACUAAUGUAGAUACAAAUCUUUCUCAUUUUUUACUCUUUGGAAAAUAGCUCUUCAAUUAUGUCAAUAUUUGUUUAUGGACAAAAUAUUUUUUAAUUUGCUGGAAUGUGUGUUGAUUUGGGAGUGCUAGAAAUUUAAUGAUACAAGAAAAGGAAAUAAGUAAUUGUGAUUAACUUGAGGCCUGGGUGUUUAAGUCAUCUUGUAUUGCUUUUUUUAAAUAAUUGUUCUAAUAAUUAAUAGAAACUACUAUUUUUAGUAGGCUAAUUUAAAACAGCAGGCAUUGUUUGAUAUCUAUAAAGGUUAGUCAGUUGGCAUUGAAAUAGUCAGAAACCACCAUAAAUAUGUCAAUGAAAAUUUUCAUUAAAAUAACAAUAAAAUUUACUAAGAAAAGGAUAUGAAACUAAUUAAAACAUUUUGUGUUAAUUUACAUGCACUUAUGAUGCUUAGUAUUCACUUUAGAAGACAUUUUUUAUAGAAUAGAAUUUGUACAUUAAUUUUUUAAAUGCGUUUACAUAGGACAAAUUUAUAUAUUGCAACCCAAUGUUGUUCUGUUUUCUGCAACUCUCGGAUUUUAUGGUGCUUCGAUUGCAUGCAUUUCAAUAUUUAAUGUUAAU